AUGUCUUGUUUCAGAGUGCCUGCUGAGCGGGUAGGAUGCAGCGGCAUGCACCGCAUCGUGCUGCUCAUGACUCUGCUCUCUAGGGCGGUCACCCCCCAAUUACAUGCCACAGCACCCGACACUGAUGCUACGUAUCUCGGGUCAACAAUGGCCCCCACAGUGUUCACCGUGCCGCUGACAAAGCCCCGUCGAGUGUCAGCUAGACGGGGCAAAAGCGACUCACCAAUGCUCAAUUACAUAUUUGAUUCGUAUGCAACGAGUAAUAAGCACUUUCAUGAUAAAUUUAAGGCGCCAUCGUUUGAAGGAGACAUGAGCUCAGAUGCUAUUAUCGACGCUGAUACAGGUGCAACUGUUUUAUUUGAUUGCCGGGUAUCUUCGUUGAGAGAUAAAACGGUGUCAUGGAUCAGGGUGUCUGAUGAAGAAAACUUAGAACUUCUCACUGUUGAUUUGGAAACACACACGGCUGAUUCUAGGUACAAAGUCGACGUUGCGGGUGAAACUUGGAAGCUUACGCUGUCUGACGCCAAAGUGCAGGACUCCGGGAUAUAUUGCUGUCACGUGUCCACCCAUCCGCCUAUGUUGAGGCGAUUCCAACUUGUCGUACAUCCGCCUGAAAUAAAAAUGAGCAAAGAGGCUUUUCUCGAAAGCGGCGAGACUCUAUCACUGAAGUGCGCGGUAUUGCAUCUGAGUACCGGGGAAAUUACUCCGGAAUUGCAUUGGUAUAGAGGCAACAGUACGACGCCCUUGGAUGAGAUACGAGGCGGAGUUCUGAUUGAAACGGACCUAUUGACUCUUACAAGUCAUCUACAGCGAUGGAGGUCCAGUAUAAUUAAUACAAAAACGUACCCCGGAGCUGACUGCGGAAGCGAUCACAAAUUAUUGGUGGCAGUCAUGAAAGUAAAGCUCAAGAAAUGCGUGAGAAGCCUAGUCAAAAAUCAUGGUCGACCUUCUCCAGAAACACUUAACACCUAUGAAGAAGUCUUUAACAACAAAGUCACACACCUAAAGUUAGAUAACAGCAUCGACAUAGAUAUGAAGUGGACUACAAUAAAGGACAUUAUUCUCGACACACGAAAAGACAUCCAACAGCAAAACUAUUGUAGUUCAAGAAAGGCGUGGAUAUCAGAAGAAACGUGGAAGGCGAUUAAUGAAAGAAAAGACCUCCUAACCAGAAGGGACUCUGAGAAAGCUCAGUAUAACACCAUAUCAGCGCGGGUUCAAUGCUUAUGCCGUAGAGACUACAACCAAUAUCUGAACUCGAUAUGUGAAGAUAUUGAGGACCAUGCUAGGACUCUGCACACCAAAGACCUGUUUCUACGAGUAAAACGCAUCACACGAGAGUUAAGACCCAAAACUUGGGCGAUUCAAGAUAGUAAGGGUACACUACUGACGGAGAUUGACCAGGUAGCGCAUCUAAAAGUGGAGGACGCGGGCAAUUACACCUGCGCCCUCGAAGCGCCACUCGGAAUGAAAUCUGUAGCUAGAGUUCACGUAUUACAAGGUUCCAGUCUCGCUGAGCUUCAAAGUGGUGUGAAGACAACAACCAGCUACAUGAGUCUAUUAUUCACAUCACUUCUCUUCAUCUUCAGUACAUGGCACGGAGAUGUGAGG